AGCUGUGACAUUUAAGAAUAAAUAAACUUUACAAAGCAUGGACUCAGCGAUACGGAGCUUGUGGCGGAGCCGUGUCCGUGUGUACGUCUGCAGGAAGCUCUUCUCAGGCCUCAGGAAUGUCUUCUGAGCCCACCUCAUCCUCCUCGCAGCAGUCCCCCGCCUCUCCCCCAUCACCCAGCUCCCUGCACCUGCCGGAGAGCCGCCGUCCCCGGGAGCGCUCUCCGUCGCCCAUGCGGGGGUACCUGAUCCCCAGCCCGCUGCCCACACGCCGCACCAGGACCUUCUCCGCCACGGUGAGAGCAUCCGAGGGACCCAUCUACAAAGGGGUCUGCAAGUGCUUCUGCCGCUCCAAAGGGCACGGCUUCAUCACCCCCGCCGACGGAGGGCCCGACAUCUUCGUGCACAUCUCGGACAUUGAAGGCGAGUACGUUCCCGUGGCAGGCGACGAGGUCACCUACAAGAUGUGCACCAUCCCUCCCAAGAACGAGAAGCUGCAGGCAGUGGAGGUGGUGAUCACUCACCUGGCCCCUGGCACCAAGCACGAGACGUGGUCGGGGCACGUCAUCAGCUCCUGAGGUGUCCCCUGGAACGUGGCUGUUGGGCUCUGCUCAACAACUGGCUGCAGGACCUGGCUGAAGAAUAUUGUGUGUGAGGAAAUACUGCAUUGUCAAUAAAACAGGCCAAAAUUACCGUUUUUUACAGCUGGCCUGAUUUAAAAAAAAAAAAAAAAAAAAAAAAAAGGCAAUU